AUGUCCAGAUCGCCCGCAUCCGAGGUGAUGAACAUCACGACGAUCAUGGAUCAGCAAAAGAACGCAGCAGCAGCAGCAGCCGCUGCCGCUGCGGCACAAGCCGCUGUAGGUGGAGUCCACAGUCUGUUGCCUGAACAUCAGCAGCUUCAGCAGCAGCACCAGCAACAAUCACAACAACAACCGCACCAACUCCAACUUCUCCCUCAUCCGCAAAUGCCUGCAGCCAUGAUGGAGCGAGCCAACUCUCCUCAUGGGUCAGAGAGCUCAUACCACUCCGGCCCCCGUGGCGGCAACCAAUUGGAAGCCCUGAGUGCCUUGGGCAACGGACGAUAUGGCUCGCCCUCUACAAUGCACACGCAACUUCAUCUGUCCGACACCAACAUCCCACCGGGCAUGAUGAUCCCCGGCAUCCCUCCCGUAGGCCAUGGUGUGCCUAUGCAGCAGCCUCCCGAGAAGCCCCAGCCGGCAGCGAAGAACUUCCCGUGCAGCACGUGCGACAAGCGCUUUGCGAGACGUAGUGACCUUGCGAGACACGAACGGAUUCAUAGCGGCCACCGGCCCCAUGUCUGCGAUCACGAAGGCUGCGGAAAGCAAUUCAUCCAGCGAUCAGCCCUGACCGUCCAUCAGCGAGUCCACACGGGUGAAAAGCCUCACAUGUGUGAGCGCUGUGGCAAGCCCUUUAGCGAUAGUUCCUCACUGGCGAGACAUCGACGCAUCCACUCCGGCAAACGACCCUACAAGUGCCCUUACGCUGACUGUCAGAAGACCUUCACUCGAAGAACUACUUUGACCCGGCACCAAAACCAGCACACCGGAACUGUAGAGGAAGCAGCUGCUGCAACUGCCGCGGUUCUUGCGACGCAGGCUAGCAAAGCAGCGCCGCGCUCGGUACGCAGUGACGGAGAGCCUACAAGCGGUUCGAACCGCGGGUCUCCCCUGAACACGCCGUCCCCAGGCCAAAAGCACAUGUCCAUGUCGCCCAGUGCGGAUCUCGCUGCCGCCAACGCGAUGCGCAACAACGACUGGCAGUACAUGAACACCGCCAUGAACAGCUUGAGCAACGCGAACAGCAUGACCAACCUCAACAACGGAUCGCUCCCCGUCCACCUCCGCAACGAUGUUCGCGCCCAGAGCCCCAUAUCUGCGCCGACAUACACGACUGGCAUGCCCGGACGGCCCACGUCUCACCCGAAGAGCUUCUCCCCUGCGCCGCCGCCGACUCUCGAGCCGAGCAUCGAGUCACACCAGUCCGCUGGGGGCAGUACUGGGGGUAGCCCGCACAUGGGUAGCGUGGGUUGGCACUCGCCGGCGCACAUGCCUUCGCCGUCUCAUAGCACUAGCGGUAACGGCUAUGUCUACCCCGACCCGGAUCAGUCGUACGCUGGCAACGGGAUGGGCCAGAUGUACUACGGUGCUGCUGCCCAGAUCAGACGGACUACAAGCACGGAGCCCGCCACUUCCACCUCAUACGAUAUCAAGCCACGAUCCGAACUGUGGGCGGGAAGCCAGUAG